GACAUUGAAAAUUAUAUUCAUAAAGAAAUUACGGAUAUUAUAUUUUCACCGAAUAUGAAAUAUAAUGAAGAUGAUGAAUCCUUAGUUAUGUGGACCAUUGACAUAGAAAUAAUAUUAUCAAAAAAGAAACACAAUGCAAGUGUAAAAUGGUUAAUAUUUAUUACGGUACUCGAAUUUAACGAUCCGAGAUAUGGGGACUCUGGAAGACGUUGCGAUAAAACCUUAUUUGACCAAUGGUCAUUUUUUGCAACUACUUCCGAAUGGAGAUUUUUGUCGUUUCAAGCACAAUAUAUACAUGUGGUUUCAGAAACGUUCUUAAAAAUUCAAAUAAUUUAA